AUGAGCCCGAUGGCGGCUUGGGAGUGGGUUGACGCAGGCGUGGAAUUCGGAAGGCGGACGAAUUCUCACUCACCGACACUUACCUUCGUCCAAGCUUCGGGUUGCGGCAAGAGCCGAUUAGUACGAGAAAUGUGCCUUACCAAGCCGCUGAUCUAUCUAUCGUGUGCGGCCAAAGGAACCCGUUCCUAUCCCCGACGGAGUCAGUUGCUUGAAUCUCUCGAAGUCAAUAAUCGGUUAUCACUCAAAAGUGUUGUGUUGUCAACGGCAUGCUGGGCGGAGAAGCAGCAAUGCGGCGGCGAAGAUUGGAGACGAUUGUUGUGGGAGACCCAGGCGGAUAAGUCGCAUUUAAUCGAACCGGCUUGGGACGAGGACGCCGACUGGUUAUCGGCCGUAAUGCGCUGCCGUCAGGCUCUACGCCUGGCGGAACAUGAUACGUUACUGAUUGUUUGUGAUGAAGCUCGAACACUGCUACCCAAUGAGCUGUUCCGCAAGUUGCGUCGCGAGGUUGCGGAAUUGCGGACUAAUAGGAGAACUCGGUUGGCGUGGUUGUGCCUGGACACCUGCGGCCGGUUGAGCAACUUCUCACCCACUGCUCAUAAUGACCCGUCCCUAAGGCCUAUGGGUGGUCCAGGAAGUCAACUCUUCCCACCCAACUUUACUUUCACGUCGCCUCUGGCCCGCUGCAAGUGUUACAGCCGCUUGUCCGAGGCUACUACUUCGCAUGCUUUGGGCGCUAUCGGGCGGCCUUUGUGGUGGAGUUUGGCGGACUUUGAGGAGACCAACAGGAACGCUUUUGUGCGGGAGAAGAUCAUGGGGGGCGCGACUGUUUCUGUUGAAAGGUUGUCGCAGCCUGUAGUCAUUGCCGCGCUGCUGGCGUGCACGAGUUGGUCGAUCGUGCCCCGGCGGAUUCUAGGUGAAAAUCUGGUCGCGUCCCAUAUGGCCAUCAUGAGUUUCUGCGAGUCAGACAGGGAGACGGUGCAUUUGGGGUCUGCAUCAGAGCCGUUCCUGGCCGCGGGUGCUGUCAGCUUGCUGUUUGAGCGUGAUGCCUGGUUUGAAACCAGUUUGCGCCUUAUAUCCGAUGCCUUAUCAACGGGCCUCGAAUCCAAGGGCACAGUCGGCGAGCUCGUUUGCAAUAUGCUGUUGCUGUUCUGCAGAUGCAAAGUCGAAUGGCGAAGCUUGUUCGAGCCUUUGUCUGUGACGACUUUCAUGGCGAAGUUAUGGCCUCCUGGUUUGGUUGCUGAGGCUGAAGAAGACGAGGAGUGGCGUCAUGUUGCUCAGGAUUUCACGUUAGCAUUCUCCGGCACUAUUCUGGCGCAGCGCGCUGUGAACUCACGCUAUCUACAUACAUCAUUACUCAACAAUUCGAUCAUUGCCGCGUGCGACAAUCAGCCCCUCUACGACUUUGUGCUCCCGGUGGUCCGAGGGGAUUCUCUUAGUGAAGAAACCAUCACUGGAAUCCCCGUGCAAAUUAAGAAUCAGCAAAGUAGUAGCAUCCAAGGUGAGUUAACGGAUUCGGAUAAGAGAAUAUACGAAGCAGGUGUCGAGGUGUCCGGGGAUAGUGAUCUAUCACUACUGAAGCACGGUGUCGUGGUUGGUAUGAAGAUGAAACAGGCUGCCUUUGCGAAAAGGUCGCCGUUGCUACUGGUGUGUCACUUUGGCAUCAACAAGACUAGCUUUUGGUUCGGGAAAAUAUCUGAUGCACAGUACCUUGCUGUAAUCAAUCCUGUUGGCUCGUCCGCUGUAAUGUCAGCCGGUGCUUCCGAAGACAUAAUUCGAGGGCUCGAGCGAGUGUUGGCGACCCGUAUUACGUCGGAUGCAGUGCUAGACAAAUU